AUGAAAUAAGUUAUUACAAGUCCCAAGCAUAUGCAAAAAUCAUCUUCAAAUUCUUUUAUAAAGAUAAAGGAAUCUAUUCAUUCAAGAAUAGGGUCAUUGUCAAGAGCUAAAUAACCGUUUUACUCGACCUUGGAGAUUAUUAAACCUUAGAAAGCAGAGACGGAUGAGCAAAUAUUUGACAUUCCAUCAAAUCCAUUCAAGAAUGAACUUCCAUUAAUAAUGAAUCAAAAAUAAACUGAGAAUAGGCUAAAGAAACUCAUAGAUUAAAUUGACUCUUUUAAAGACAAAAAACCCUUAUUAAGGAAUUUUUCAACUAACAUGAAUAUGAGCAGGUCAUUAUUUCAGGUCAAACCUACCAUAAAUAUUGAAAACCUCUUAAAGUCUAAUCAAAAAUAAGGAAAGUAAGAUGAAACCUAGAAUCUAAGUAUCAAUAAAGAGCAUUAGCAUAAGAAAAAAAAGAAAAAAAGCAAGAAUAAAAAGGUUAAUUUUUCCCUUUCACCAAUCAGAAUGUCAUAAAGAGUAUUGUUAAAAAGAUAAAAUCAAGGUCUCAACAGCUUUGCUAACUUUGAUGAAGGAGAUACUGAAUUUGAUGACUAUGAGUUCUAUAAAUAGCUUAUGAGAUAAUAUGGAGAUGAGCUAAAAUAAGUUUUUAUAGGAUUUGAUAGCAAAAUUGAUCACAAAACUCUAGAUCAUGACCUGGAUGCAGCCAAGAACAAUAGGCAUUUCUACCUAAUGAGGAACUUGAAGUACAUUAUUAAGAAGUAGAUGUUUGACCAUCAUAAUACAGAUCUCGAUGAAUAUGAUGAUUAAUUCUAGUUUGAUAAGCUAGCAUCUCUCCACAAAUAACUUGGAUUAAAAGAAGAAAACAAAAAGGAUGAUGAUGGGCUAAAAGGUGCAGUGAUUCCUAAGUAAUUUCAAAAAAUACUUCAGAGGUCAAACUCAAUUCUAUCUAUGUUUAAGAUUGAUGACAUUCAAAGUGAUAACGGUCAACACUCGUAAAACAGACUCCACUAGAAAUAAAAUGAAUCAUCUCUUUUGAGUUCAAACAAAAAGCAUUCUCAUUAAUAAAAAGUAGAAAUGCUAUACUACGAUAAAGAUCUUAAUGUGUCUAAGAGACCUCCAGUUCAGGAUAAGAACCAGAUAACAGAGGAGUCUAUAUUGACAGAAUUAAUGAGCAGACAAAACUUGUCGUCCUAAAGAGGCAGUAAAGACUAUACCUUAAAGGAUUUGACAACAAAAGGUUGUGAUAUAAAGAAAAUAUUUUCAGAUAUUUGCCCAGAAAAAUUCUAGCCAAAAAAACUGAAUAGAUAUUCAACUGAUCCUAUAUUAAGGAUUGCUGAUAUGUCAACUAAUAUAAUCACUAACACCUAAAUAUUUGGUUAAAGUAGCCUCCUACAAAACCAAGAUGAAAAGACGGAAACUAAACUCUAAGAUUCCCUUUUUUCAUACAGAAAUAAUAAUCAGGGCUAGAGCAGCAAACAUAAGAAUGAGAGUCUCAUCAAAGUUGAUGAUCCUAAUGAUUUGUAUAACUUUGAAAUGUCUGUUAAAAAUUCUAUUAAUAAUUUAGACUCAAAGUUUUAAGAUAGAUCGAACAGCAAUAGCCACCAUUUGUUGCCAGAAGAAAUAGUGUAGAAGCGAGAAUAAAGUUUGAAGGAUUUAAUCAAUAAAAUGAAUGAAGUUUAACUCCCAGAAGAUUACAAGCCUUAAAAACCAGAAGUAACUCAAAAAGAUAAUGUUCUUUCGAUCCUCUACAAAUUUCAAGAAAUGCAUAAGUACAAUAUGUUUCAUACCAAGAGAAAGAUUGCAAACAUUAAUAAUAAAAAGCGAGCUGAAACUGAAGAAGUUGAGUAUGAUAAUUUCUAUGAGAAAAAUAAAUAAACUGUUGCAAAGUAAAUAGACCAAGAUAAGGAUAAGUACCAAGUGAGGAUGACUCAAUCUGCCUCUGUUGAUAAUAUUUAAUAGAUACUUGAGAACGAAAGAUAAGGCAAAUCUAAAAAGAAACAAGUUGAAUUUGAGGAAGAGCCUGAAAAUGAAUAUGUUCCAUAGUAUGAUGAAAAUGGUAAGCUAUUGAACAAAAGAGAUGAUACAGCAGAAAGAGUAAUAUUGUUUUAAAUGCAAAAAUCAAAUAUUCUUGAUAAAAUAGAAUUGGUCAAGGAUAAAAGAAGAAGGCAAUAUGUUGUUGAGCCUUUAUCAUUUUCAAAAAUUGGAAAAUAAAUAUUCAAGAACAAGAAGGAACCUUAUCACACCAUAAUAUAAGAAAAAUCUUCAGAAGAGUACUUACGAUCAUUUAAUAAGAUACAUAAGAAUUUAAGAGGAGACUCGGAACUUUAGUAAGAGGAAAGAAUAAAGUAAAGAGAUAGGGAGCUAAAGAAUCAAGAGGAGAUUGUGAGUGAGUAAAUGAGAGGUUAACCUCUCUUUAAAGAUCUUCAGAUUAUUGAUGAAAUAGAUGAAAAUAAUAAGUACUUCAAAUGGCAAUAUGCAAAAAUACAGAAGAAUCCUCUAUAUAAAAUAAACUAUAAAAGAGAACUUGCAGUGAUGGAUGCUAAGAUAGUUAGGGAAAAUGCUAAAAAGGAAAGCAAAGAAUUGCAUGAUUUAGAGAAGAAAAAGAUCAUGGAGAAAAGAGAUAUCUUUAUGAGUAAAGAUCAUGACACUAAGAGGAAGAAGAGAAUGGUUAAAGCUCAGAAAUUAAUUAAAUAGCAAAAUGCUAGAGAUGAUCUUCAUUUUUGA